GCUUUUGAUGUAUUCGUAAUUGUUUCAAUUUCUCUUUUUUUCUCUGUGCGCAUACCUGGAAAAACAACCCCUGAGGGGGGAGAACAUCGCUUACCGUUCGAUCGGUUCCGAUAGCUUUGCGUAAUUUUUGAGAGAGGGACGUUUUUUUUUUCGGUUUCAGUUUGAGUUGAGAGUGCAGAGAAAUGCACGUCUUGGAAACGUAAACGGUAGGGAUGCUACACCAGUCUGGGAAUGCUGUGUGGGGAGUUUCAGAGCCUUCCACUCGCUUUAAAUUUAAGAAUUUCCGGUGUCACAGAUGUGCGUAAUCCUUAUCUUUCGUUGUUAGCACUAGUUGAAGGCAUGGCCACCUUCCCAACUAAUGGUACACAGGAAGAAGAAGAAGACAUUUAUUUAGGUAAAGAGAACGGACUCAUGAGUUACGAGAACCCAAACUAUCAUUUAGAUUCGGCUAAAUUGGACGACGCACUUAAUUCAAAUACCACAGAUGAUAAUAUUUAUAAGGACAUCUACCAGAAUAUCGAUAUUUGCAAUAUGGUACAUGGCAUAAAAAGCUCUCUGUCUAAUAACUCUGCACGCAAAACAUACGCUUCUUUAGGCAUAGACUCAAUGGGCGUUGACAUAAAUACUGGACCAAUAACCAACCGAGAUUGCUACAAUGAGGACUAUAGAACUGCAUCUGAAACAACCACUAAGAAUAUCGACAAUCAAGAAGGGGAGGUUGAAAUAAAACAUAUAACAGGCAAUUUGAACAAUGAUUUGUAUGCUGUACCGGUCAAGAGACGUCAGAAGAAACCUCAGCUCAUCGAACAUGAAAAAGAGGAAAAGGAAGGUGAAGACGUUGAACUGCCUCCUGGCUGGGAGAAACACGAAGAUCAUGAUGGUCCGUACUAUUGGCAUAUCAAGAGCGGAACUAUUCAAAGAGAGUUACCAGUGUCCGAUAAAAGCGAACAAGAUAAGGCUAAUAUAAAUAAUUUUUCUCAAUGUGCUGAUGAUUUUAUUUCGUCUUACGAAAAUACUAUAUGUUCUGUUACGAGGAGUAGUACUAGUUCUGCACUCGAUGCUGAUUUGGAAGAAAGAAAAUUGAAAGAGUCUUACAAGAGAAGGAGUUACCCCGCUAAAUUCGAAGAGGUAAAGAAUAAUUCUAUACGUUUUGCUGUCAGAUCUUUAGGAUGGGUUGAAAUAUCGGAGGAUGAUCUUACUCCGGAAAGGAGUAGCAAGGCAGUGAAUAAAUGUAUUGUUGAUUUGUCUGUGGGAAAAAAUGAUUUUUUGGAUGUUGUUGGACGAUGGGGAGAUGGCAAAGAUCUCUUCAUGGAUUUGGAUGAAGGAUCUCUCAAAUUAAUAGAUCCAGAAAAUAUGACGGUUCUGAAUACGCAGCCUAUCCAUACAAUAAGAGUAUGGGGAGUUGGAAGGGAUAAUGGAAGGGAAAGAGAUUUUGCUUAUGUGGCGAGAGACAGGAGUACCAGAAAACAUAUGUGUCACGUGUUUAGAUGUGAUAUGCCAGCACGCACUAUUGCAAAUACACUGAGAGACAUAUGCAAAAAGAUAAUGAUAGAAAGAAGCUUGCAGCAGAACAUGGGUAAACCGAAUGAAAUCGGCACGAGACCCAUGGCCGUUAGACCUACCAAUUUACCCACUGAGAAUAGACGUUCCCUGAAGAAUGGCGUUAUAACACAUUCGUUUCCUACACCUAUGGAAGAACCAAAGAAAAUACUCAGGGCCCAAUACUUGGGCUCAACUCAAGUUCCUCGGGCAACAGGCAUGGAUGUGUUGAACGAUUCAAUAGAUACACUCGUCGCAGCAGUACCGCAAGACAAAUGGCAAUAUGUUAAUGUAGCUAUAGCACCUUCUAUGAUAACAAUUCAAUUAACAAAUGAUGAGCUUUUAGCCGAAUGUAGAGUAAGAUAUUUGUCCUUCUUAGGCAUUGGGAGGAUAGUGAAAUACUGCGCAUUUGUAAUGCACACCUCAGAGGACAAAUUUAUAGCACAUGUGUUUUAUUGUGAGCCUUCUUCGGGCGCUUUAUGUAAAACAAUUGAAGCAGCUUGUAAAUUACGAUAUCAAAAGUGUCUAGAUGCUCAUCCCCAAGGAUUUGAAACUUACAAUGCUAAUUUGAAUACUCCCGGCAAGAGUAUUGGCGCAGCUUUGAAGUCCUUCGUUGGAUCAAUUACGAAGCGAAGGAGUAAAUGUCCAGAUUCUUGAAAACAAAUUUGAAUCUCUAGAUGAUUUUAUUUUAUUAUAUUGCAAUUUGAAAUUUCUAUGCUUAUUACUGUAAUGUACAAAGAAUUAUUAGUAUUUUCAAUUUUGAA